AUGCCACGUGCCCGAAUCGAAGGUCUACUUGCAUCUUUUCCAAAGUUAACUAGUGCUGGACAGCAACAUACUACUAUUGAGACUGAACAUGUUCGAUAUGUUUAUCAGCCGCUUGACGAGCUUUAUAUGGUUCUUAUUACAAAUAGACAGUCUAAUAUUUUGCAAGAUAUUGACACUUUGCAUCUAUUUGCUCGUGUGGUUUCGGAUGUAUGUCAUUCAACUGACGAAAGAGAAAUUUUAAGAAAUAGCUUCGAAUUGCUGAGUGCCUUCGAUGAAAUCGUGUCCUUAGGGUAUCGAGAAAAUGUUAAUCUCGCUCAGGUCAAAAGCAUUACGGAAAUGGAAAGUCAUGAAGAAAAGAUCCAAGAAAUAAUAGCGAGGAAUAAAGAGCAAGAAGCCAAAGAAGAACUAAAAAGAAGAGCUAAACAAUUGGAAAUGCAAAAGAAAGAAAUGCUCAAAAGAGGAGGUGGUAGUUCGUUUGGAAGCAGUUUUGGACAAUCUAUCAAUAGACCAUCUUCUUAUGCUGAACCACAGGUGCAAACAUCCUUUGAAGAAGGUAUACGUUCUACGUAUAGUAGUUCUCCGACACCAUCUCCUUCUAAAGCUAAGGGAAUGCAAUUAGGCCGAAAACAAAAGGGUGCUGAUUUGUUUGAGGCUGUUAAGAAUGAAGUUGGAUUUGAUGAUGUAUCUGAAAAGGCUAGUGUCAGAGGCACAUCUAUUCCAAAGGUUCCCGUUGAAAGUGUUCACUUAUCAAUCACUGAAAAGAUAUCUCUUCAGGCUAACAGAGAUGGUGGUCUUGAGAAUUUAGAGGUAAAAGGAGAUUUAGAACUCACCAUUUCUGAUCCAAAUAUGACACGAAUCAAGAUUUCUGUUCGUGCAGUUGACGAUGGCAAUCUGCAACUGAAG